AGAGCGUUGAUCGCACUGCGGCUCCCGCCCCGGCGAGUUCUCGCCCCCGCGCGGCCGUUGCCGAGGAGACGGCGCAGUCUCACGCCGCGUUGCCCCCUCUGCAGUCCCCCCCCCCUCCCGCCCUCUUCUCCCACCACAAUGAGAUCCUAAGAUGGCGGUGGCUGCGGCGGUUGGCGCCGAGUAGCUAAGGUAGAGAAGGCGGCCAUUGGGCCCUAGGCAGCCAGGGAACUUGUGGGCGCUCCCAGCUGCAGUUUCUAAGGGAGGACCGCUGCCGGUGGCGGAUCGUAGGGCCUGACCGCUACUCCACCCUUGGCAGGACCGGCUGCUUCGUUUACAGGCAACAACUUUGAAGUGUGAAGCAGGAAAGGAGCCGUUUCUGAGCUGUAAAACUAGUUUUUAAACAGGUACUUGACUAUCUUAAGUACAGAGAAGAAAUUGAGAAGUUCCUCAAAUGAAACUGACUAAACAACACAUAAAACCAGAUACUUAAGCAUUUUCUUCUCAGUUUCCAUUAGAAGUGCUUAGUACAUUUGAACACUGUAUGAAGACUUUCAAAACAGUGUACCAGAAAAUUAAUUGGUAAAACCAGGAUGGCCACAGGAGGAGGUCCUUUUGAAGAAGGCGUGAAUGAUCAGGAUUUACCAAACUGGAGCAAUGAGGGUGUUGAUGACCGACUCAACAAUAUGGAUUGGGGUGGCCAACAGAAGAAAGCAAAUAAAUCAUCAGAAAAGAAUAAGAAAAAGCUUGGUGUCGAAAGUGAUAAAAGGGUAACUAAUGAUAUUUCUCCGGAGUCAUCACCAGGAGUUGGAAGGCGAAGAACAAAGACUCCACAUUCGUUUCCACAUAGUAGAUAUGUGACUCAGAUGUCUGUUCCAGAGCAGGCAGAAUUAGAGAAACUUAAACAGCGGAUAAACUUCAGUGAUUUAGAUCAGAGAAGCAUUGGAAGUGAUUCUCAAGGUAGAGCAACAGCUGCUAACAACAAACGUCAGCUUAGUGAAAACCGAAAGCCCUUCAACUUUUUGCCUAUGCAGAUUAAUACUAACAAGAGCAAAGAUGCUGCUAUAAGUCCUCCAAAGAGAGAAGUGGUUGGUUCAGCACAAUGUAAAGAGUUGUUCGCCUCUGCUUUAAGUAAUGACCUUUUGCAAAACUGUCAAGUCUCUGAAGAAGAUGGAAGAGGAGAGCCUGCAAUGGAAAGCAGCCAGAUUGUAAGCAGGCUUGUUCAGAUUCGUGAUUAUAUUACUAAAGCUAGUUCCAUGCGGGAAGAUCUUGUAGAGAAAAAUGAAAGAUCUGCUAAUGUUGAGCGCCUUACUCAUCUAAUAGAUCACCUUAAAGAACAAGAAAAGUCAUAUAUGAAAUUUCUCCAAAAAAUCCUUGCUAGAGAAAAUGAGGAGGAGGAUGUUCGGACUAUAGAUUCAGCUGUGGGAUCUGGUUCUGUAGCUGAGAGCACAUCGCUAAACAUAGAUGUGCAGUCUGAGGCUUCAGAUACCACGGAGGCAUCUUUUAGUCUGAGAAUUCGGCCGUGCAUUGAGGACAAACUAGGGAAUUCAGCUUCACAAGAACAGGUUUCAGACAUUGACGUUACCACAAGUCCAAAAGGGAAAGGUGACAGACCUCCUCAGAAUGGCAGGGAACUGAGGCCUAAUAGGAAAUAUAGCCGAAAACGUGGAUUUCCCUCAAAGGCCAGAGAUCCUCAGCAGGAGCCUAUGGAAGAGAUAGAAAAUUUGAAGAAACAGCAUGACUUAUUAAAAAGGAUGUUACAACAGCAGGAGCAGCUGAGAGCUCUGCAGGGACGACAGGCUGCGCUUCUUGCUCUGCAGCACAAAGCAGAGCAAGCUAUUGCUGUGAUGGAUGAUUCUGAAAAGGUUGCAGGGACAACUCCUGGCCAACAUUCUGUACCGGGCAGCCAGCCAGCUCGCUCUCCUUUUCAUCAGAGAGUACCCUUAAGAGUUGUAACAGAAACUACAGGUAGCCUAUCUGGAGUUAGUAUCACCUCUGAACUAAAUGAAGAAUUGAAUGAUUUAAUUCAGCGUUUUCAUAAUCAGCUUCGUGAUUCUCAGCCUCCAACUGUUCCAGACAAUAGAAGACAAGCAGAAAGUCUUUCAUUAACUAGGGAGGUUUCUCAGAGCCGGAAUCCUUCAGUUUCAGAACACUUACCUGAUGAGAAAGUACAGCUUUUUAGCAAAAUGAGAGUAUUACAGGAAAAGAAACAAAAAAUGGACAAACUGCUUGGAGAACUUCAUACACUUCGAGAUCAACAUCUGAACAAUUCAUCGUUUGUGCCUUCUUCAUCCUCUCCACAAAGAACUGUGGAUCAGAGAAGUACACCUUCAGCUCCCUCUGCGCCUUUAGGCUUAGCACCAGUUGUCAAUGGAGAAUCCAAUAGCUUCACGUCAUCUGUUCCUUAUCCUGCUGCUUCUCUAGUUUCUCAGAAUGAGAGUGAAAAUGAAGGACAUCUGAAUCCAACUGAAAAACUCCAGAAGUUAAAUGAAGUUCGAAAGAGAUUGAAUGAACUGAGAGAAUUAGUCCAUUAUUAUGAACAAACAUCAGAUAUGAUGACAGAUGCUGUUAAUGAAAACACAAAAGAUGAAGAAACUGAAGAGUCAGAUUAUGAUUCUGAACAUGAAAACUCUGAACCUGUUACUAACAUUCGAAAUCCACAAGUAGCUGCAACUUGGAAUGAAGUAAAUAGUAAUUCUAAUGCACAGUGUGUUUCUAAUAAUAGAGAAGGGAGAUCAGUUAAUUCUAAUUGUGAAAUUAACAACAGAUCUGCUGCCAACAUAAGGGCUCUGAACAUGCCUCCAUCUUUAGCAGAUUGUCACUAUAAUAGAGAAGGAGAACAGGGGAUUCAUGGUGCACAAGGUGAAGAUGAUGAAGAAGAAGAAGAUGAAGCAGAAGAUGAGGGAGUCAGUGGGGCUUCAUUAACUAGUCACAGGAGCAGUCUGGUUGAUGAGGCUCCAGAAGAUGCUGAAUUUGAACAGAAGAUCAAUAGACUUAUGGCUGCAAAACAGAAACUGAGACAGUUACAAGAUCUUGUUGCUAUGGUACAGGAUGAUGAUGCAGCAGAUCAUGGAGUUAUCUCUACCAAUACUUCAAAUUUGGAUGAUUUCUACCCAGCAGAAGAUGACAACAAACAAAAUGCAAAUAACACUAGAGGAAAUGCCAAUAAAACACAGAAAGAUGCUGGAAUAAAUGAGAAGGCACGAGAGAAAUUUUAUGAGGCUAAACUACAGCAGCAACAGAGAGAACUCAGACAAUUGCAGGAAGAAAGAAAGAAACUGAUUGAGAUUCAAGAGAAAAUUCAAGCAUUGCAGAAGGCAUGUCCUGACUUACAGCUGUCUGCCACUAGUGCGGGUAAUUGUCCCACCAAAAAAUAUAUCCCAGCUGUUACUUCAACCCCAGCUGUUAACGGAAAUGAAACUGGUACAAGCAAAUCUGGUUUUGAGCCUGAAGAUUCUUCAGUAGUAGAUAAUGAGCUGUGGUCAGAAAUGCGAAGACAUGAGAUGUUAAGGGAAGAGCUACGACAGAGGCGAAAGCAGCUUGAAGCGCUCAUGGCGGAACAUCAGAGGAGGCAAGGUCUAGCUGAAACUACAUCUCCUAUGGCUGUGUCAUUGAGAAGUGAUGGAUCUGAGAACCUGUGUACACCUCAGCAGAGUAGAACAGAAAAAACAAUGGCAACUUGGGGCGGUUCUACUCAGUGUGCACUGGAUGAAGAAGGAGAUGAAGAUGGUUAUCUUUCUGAAGGAGUCGUUCGGACGGAUGAGGAGGAGGAAGAAGAAGAGCAAGAUGCCAGUUCCAAUGAUAACUUUUCUGUGUAUCCUCCUAACAGUGCAAAUCAUAACUCUUACAAUGUAAAAGAAACUAAGAAUAGGUGGAAGAACAAUCGCCCUUUUUCAGCAGAUGGAAAUUAUCGUCCUUUAGCUAAGACAAGACAGCAGAAUAUCAGCAUGCAGCGUCAGGAAAACCUUCGCUGGGUGUCAGAACUCUCUUAUGUAGAGGAGAAAGAACAAUGGCAAGAACAAAUUAAUCAGCUAAAGAAACAACUUGAUUUCAGUGUCAAUAUUUGUCAGACUUUGAUGCAAGACCAGCAGACGCUAUCUUGUCUGCUACAAACUCUUCUCACGGGUCCUUACAGUGUGAUGCCAAGCAAUGUUGCCUCCCCCCAGGUACACCUUAUCAUGCACCAGUUGAACCAGUGCUAUACUCAGCUAACAUGGCAACAGAAUAAUGUGCAAAGGUUGAAACAAAUGCUAAAUGAACUUAUGCGCCAACAAAAUCAGCACCCAGAAAAACCUGGAAGCAAGGAAAGAGGCAGCAGUGCAUCACACCCUUCUUCUCCCAGUUUAUUUUGUCCUUUCAGCUUUCCACCACAGCCUGUAAAUCUGUUUAACCUACCCGGAUUUACUAAUAUUUCAUCAUUUACACCAGGUAUGAAUUUCAGCCCUUUAUUUCCUUCUAAUUUUGGAGAUUUUUCUCAGAAUAUUUCUACACCCACUGAACAGCAGCAACCAUUAGCCCAGAACUCUUCAGGGAAAACAGAAUAUAUGGCUUUUCCAAAACCUUUUGAAAGCAGUUCUUCUGUUGGAGCAGAAAAACAAAGGAAUCAAAAACAGCCUGAAGAGGAGGUGGAAAACAGUAGGACACCAUGGUUAUAUGACCAAGAAGGUGAUGUAGAAAAACCAUUUAUCAAAACUGGAUUUCCAGUGUCUGUAGAGAAAACUACAAAUAGUAAUCGCAAAAAUCAAUUAGACACCAGCCGGAGAAGACGCCAGUUUGAUGAAGAGUCAUUAGAAAGCUUUAGCAGUAUGCCUGACCCAGUGGAUCCAACAACAGUAACCAAAACAUUCAAGACAAGGAAAGCAUCUGCACAGGCCAGCCUGGCAUCUAAAGAUAAAACUCCUAAAUCAAAGAGUAAGAAAAGGCAUUCUACUCAGCUGAAAAGCAGAGUUAAAAAUAUUGGGUAUGAAAGUGCCAGUAUGUCUAGCACAUGUGAACCUUGCAAAAGUAGGAACAGACAGUCAGCCCAGACUGAAGAGCCUGUUCAAGCAAAAGUAUUCAGCAGAAAGAAUCAUGAGCAGCUGGAAAAAAUAAUAAAAUGUAGUAGGUCUACAGAAAUAUCUUCAGCACAUGCUAGGAGAAUACUACAGCAGUCUAACAGAAAUGCAUGCAAUGAAGCGCCAGAAACUGGGAGUGAUUUUUCCAUGUUCGAAGCUUUGCGGGAUACUAUUUAUUCUGAAGUGGCUACAUUAAUUUCUCAAAAUGAAUCUCGUCCACAUUUUCUAAUUGAACUCUUCCAUGAACUUCAGCUACUUAAUACAGACUACUUGAGACAAAGGGCUUUAUAUGCAUUGCAGGACAUAGUAUCCAGACAUAUUUCUGAGAACCAUGAAAAAGAAGGAGAAAAUGUAAAAUCAGUGAAUUCUGGUACUUGGAUAGCAUCAAACUCAGAACUUACCCCCAGUGAAAGCCUUGCUACCACUGAUGAUGAAACUUUUGAGAAGAACUUUGAGAGAGAAACACAUAAAAUAAGUGAGCAAAAUGAUGCUGAUAAUGCUAGUGUCAUGUCUGUAUCUUCAAAUUUUGAGCCUUUUGCAACAGAUGAUCUAGGUAACACUGUGAUUCACUUAGAUCAGGCAUUAGUCAGAAUGAGGGAAUAUGAGCGUAUGAAGAUUGAGGCCGAAAGUAGCACAAACAUGAGAUGCACCUGCAGGAUUCUUGAAAAUGAGGAUGGUGCUGCCGCCACAAGUACGGUUACUAACUCGGAAGAAACUCCUAUUGAAAAUCAUGGUUCACAACAACCUGUAAGUGAAGUUUCUACUGUCCCAUGCCCUAGAAUUGAUACUCAGCAGCUGGACCGGCAAAUUAAAGCCAUUAUGAAAGAAGUCAUUCCUUUCUUGAAGGAGCACAUGGAUGAAGUAUGCUCUUCUCAACUUCUAACUUCAGUAAGACGUAUGGUUUUGACUCUCACCCAGCAAAAUGAUGAGAGCAAAGAAUUUGUAAAGUUCUUUCAUAAACAACUGGGAAGUAUAUUACAGGAUUCACUGGCAAAAUUUGCUGGCAGAAAACUGAAAGACUGUGGAGAAGAUCUUCUUGUAGAGAUAUCUGAAGUGUUGUUUAAUGAAUUGGCUUUCUUUAAGCUGAUGCAGGAUUUGGAUAAUAAUAGUGUAACUGUUAAACAGAGGUGCAAAAGGAAAAUAGAAGCAGCUGGAGUAAUACAGUCUUACGCCAAAGAGGCCAAAAGGAUUCUUGAAGGAGAUCAUGGCUCACCUGCUGGAGAAAUUGAUGAUGAAGACAAAGACAAGGAUGAAACUGAAACAGUUAAGCAGACUCAGACAUCUGAGAUGUAUGGUGGUGAUGGUCCCAAAAAUGUGAGAUCGGAUGUUUCUGAUCAAGAGGAAGAUGAAGAAAGUGAAGAAUGUCCGGUGUCCAUUAACUUGUCCAAGGCUGAAACUCAGGCUUUGACUAAUUAUGGAAGUGGAGAAGAUGAGAAUGAGGAUGAAGAAAUAGAAGAAUUUGAAGAGGGGCCUGUGGAUGUCCAGACUUCACUUCAGGCUAACACCGAAGCUACAGAAGAAACGGAACAUGAUGAUCAGGUACUACAACAUGACUUUGAAAAAUCAGGAGAAAGCAAAAAUGUCCCAUCAGAACAAGAUCCCACUACUAGUAAAGAUGACCACGAUAGCACUCCUGUGAAACCCUGUUACCUCAAUAUCUUGGAAAACGAGCAACCUUUAAAUAGCGCUGUCCAACAGGACACUCUCACUACCAUUGAUUCAUCUAAGCAGCCUAACCCUUUGCCUUUACCUUUAACUGAAAUCGAAACCUUGGUGCCUACAGUCAAAGAAGUUAAAUCUGCUCAGGAAACUCCUGAGAGCUCUCUGGCUGGAAGUCCUGAUACUGAAUCUCCGGUGUUAGUGAAUGACUAUGAAGCAGAAUCUGGUAACAUAAGUCAAAAAUCUGAUGAAGAAGACUUUGUGAAAGUUGAAGAUUUACCACUUAAACUGACAAUAUAUUCAGAGGCAGAUCUAAGGAAGAAAAUGCUAGAAGAAGAACAGAAAAACCAUUUAUCUGGUGAAAUACUUUGUGAAAUGCAGACUGAAGAAUUAGCUGGGAAUUCUCAGACACUAAAGGAACCUGAAACAGUGGGAGCCCAAAGCGUAUGAGAUGUCUUCUGAGACUCAUCUAACUCGCUUUACGUAGUCAAUGCAUAUAUGAACGUGGCACUAAAUAAACAUCUGUUUUGAUCUGUAUAAAAAUGUAAAUUAGUUUGACACUGCAUUCUUGAUAGGUGUGCUCAUUUCUGCCCGUGGCAGUUUAAAACAUCAGAAACUGAAUUCUGGACAGAUUGAAGCCUUGAUACGCUGUGGGGUUGUUUGUUUUUCUUCUUUCUUUCCUCUUUUUGGUCUUCAUUUUGGUUUUUUUUUUUCCUUCCUUGUGAUGUUUGGCAUCGUUAAAUUUAAGAUGUAGUUUUAAAUAAAGUUUGGACUUAUCUGUAAA